AUGAGUUUGUGGAGAUACUGGAUGGAAAUGGAAGGGCGGCCUCAUGGGCGCGCCCCCCUGUUUCCCCCCGUUUCCCCAGGAGCGCCUCGUGACUGGCGCUGCGACCCUACUUGCCGACCAUCACUUCGAUCACUCACCACCACCAACACCACCACCACCACUCUAUCUUCCUCGGCCGCCUGUCUCACUUCUCACCAUCUUCAUCAUCAUCAUCUCAAACGGCGAAGGAAUCUGAUCUACUUCAACAGGGCCACUCACAAUCCAUCUCAGUCCCCAGUCAACCUCGCCUCACACAGCCCUCCUGAACAGGCCCUCCAAUGGAAACCAAUACACUCAAAACUCUCGCUCUCCCGCCGGAUAGCCCUCUACCAAGCACUAUCCAAGGCCCGCCUCUCAUCUCUCAUCACCCUCACCACGAUGGCUAGCUACGCUCUCUCUCCGAUUACCGCCGCUACCCCGCCCAGCUCAUUGACAACCCUGCUAGCCACCGCAACCGGCACGUUCCUCUGCUCAGCAUCCGCCAAUACGCUCAAUCAAAUAUUUGAAGCCCCAAUGGAUGCGCAGAUGUCAGAGGACUCGGACGAGACCAUUGGCCCGUCGGGCGAUCUCAACGCCACCAUGCCAGUGUCUU